AUGGGUAUCAGUAAUCCAAUUCCGAGGAGUUUAAGGAGUGAGUCAAAAAAAGCAGCAAAGACUUUAUCGUCGUUUAUCAAACCCAAUCAAAUUGCCGGACCUGAUCAAAUUAUACCUCCUAGGAUCUUAAAGAAUGCCAAAGGGUUAGCUGUUAUUACUGUUUUGAAAGCAGGGUUUCUUUUCUCGGGAAGAGCGGGGUCGGGUGUUAUUGUUGCACGUUUACCCGAUGGAUCGUGGUCACCACCUUCUGCAAUUGUCACCGCCGGUGCCGGUGCAGGAGGUAUGAUUGGUGCCGAAUUGACAGAUUUUGUCUUUGUAUUGAACACAAAAGCCGCAGUUGAUACAUUUGCACAAUUGGGUUCUGUAACGUUGGGUACAAAUGUCUCGGUUGCAGCUGGUCCUCUUGGUAGAAGUGCAGAAGCUGCAGGUACAGCAUCAUUGAGUUCAGUUUCUGCAGUUUUCUCAUACUCCAAAACCAAAGGGUUAUAUGCCGGGAUCUCAUUGGAGGGUUCAGUAUUGAUGGAGAGAAGAGAAGCUAAUAGAAAGUUUUAUGGAAAUAAUUGUAAGGCAAGGAAUAUUUUAGCAGGACAAGUCGACACUCCACCUGCCUGUGACUCGCUUAUGAGAGUAUUGAAUUCAAGAGUGUUUAGCAAUAGAAUGGACUACGAUGAGGAUGAUUUCUACAACGAUGACUAUUAUGACGACAUUCCUGAUGAAUUUUCCGAUACUACAUCUGAAUAUUCAGAUCGUCGUCGUAGUGGUGCUGUACGAGGAGGAGGUGGAAGAAGAAGGAGAUAUUCAGAUGAGUAUUCAGAUGAUGAUGAUUACUCAGAUGACGAUGAUUACUAUGGUGGCCGUGGAGGCAGCGGAAGUGGACGCAGAGAUAGAAGAUACGACGACUACGGCAAUGGAAGAAGAGAUAAGAGAUAUGAUGAUUAUGAUGGCGGCAGAAGGGAAAGAAGAUCUCGUGCAAAUACAGGUUCAAGCUUAGGGGGAGGCGGAGGUUUUUCAUCAGGUGGUAGAACUCCCUCUAGCAGCAAAACCGGAUCAGCCUGGGAAGAUGAUAUAUAUGACUCCGGAUACAAUGGUAAAACAAGAUCGAGGGGUAAUAGUGAUGUCGACAGGCUAAAUGCCCGUUUGGGAAAUACGAAAUUAUCACCAAAUAGAUCUAGCGGAGCUGCUCCUUCAAGACCCCUGACCCUUUCUAAACCUAAUUUUGGUGGCGCACCAAAGACAAAUGCCACUCAAGCUAUUGCUUUGUAUUCAUUCAAAGGAGAACAAAGCGGGGAUUUACCAUUCAAAAAGGGAGAUGUUAUUGAUAUUUUGAAAAAGACUGAUACAGUUGAUGAUUGGUGGACGGGUAGAAGCAAUGGAUUAACUGGUAUUUUCCCUGCCAACUAUGUCGAGCUUAUUUAA